CAUCGUGGCGGCAAGUCGUGCAGUGAGCCUAGCCGUGCUUUCCGAGCCGCGCGGACCAUGGGAUUACGGGAGUGACUGAGUGCGCGGACGCAGAGUGUGGUGGCAUUGCCCGGAGCUGCCUUGUGUUUGUGUUCUGUGCUCAUCGUCGCCGGACCAUGUGCUGCCGGACUAGGCGGUGACCGCGGCGCUGACGGUCAUGGUGUUGGAGCCCAUGUUCCCCGCUCGGCCCCUGGGCGCCGUGGGCCCCGGCCCCGGGCCCCUGCCCGCCAACAUGGCGGUCAACUUCGCGGGCUCCGACGUCAUGUCGCGGCUGCUGCACGCCUACCGCGGCCUGGCCAUGGCGGGGCCCUACGGCCCCAUGGCGGGCCUGCCGCCGCCCCCGCACCGGCCCGCGCUGCUGCUCAGGGGCAUCCCCCAGCCGCAGCCCCACCCGGGCACCAUCGGCCACCCCGGCGCCCACCCGGGCCACCCGGGCCACCCCGGACACCCGGCGCACCCGCCUCUGUCGCCGUCCGGAACGCGGUCCUUCGAGCGGCCCGACGCCAGGACGUCACCCGGCUCCAUGCCGAUGACCCCCACGUCGGAGGAGGCAGCCUCGCCCGGCGCCCAUGAAGACGAGGACGAGGCGGCCAAGCGGCGGCGCUCGCGGACCAACUUCAACAGCUGGCAGCUGGAGGAGCUGGAGCGGGCCUUCCUGGCCAGCCACUACCCCGACGUGUUCAUGAGGGAGGCGCUGGCGCUGCGGCUCGACCUCAAGGAGUCCAGGGUGGCGGUGUGGUUCCAGAACCGGCGGGCCAAGUGGCGCAAGAAGGAGCACACCAAGAAGGGCCCCGGCCGGCCCGCGCACAACGCGCACCCCCAGACCUGCAGCGGCCAGCCCAUCCCCGAGGAGGAGCUGCGCCGGAAGGAGCAGGACCGCCGCGAGAAGAAGAUCCUCCGCGCCCUGCAGCGCCAGCAGAGGAAGCUGGCGUCCAAGGGCAUCACGGUGGACCUGGAGACGCUGCGCCGCGAGUGGGAGGCGCGGGGGUCCUUCGUGGGCAGCCGCAACGCGGGCCGCUCCAAGAGCAGCGCGUCCAGCACGGCGGCCGGCUCCUCCGUGGACGACGACUGCAGCGACAUCGACGUGGUGGGCGAGGACGACAGCAUGGACUACGAGUCCAGCAGCACGGCGGCGCCGGAGGACGGCGGCCACGAGGACGCCGUCGCCGCCAGCGGCCACCCCGCCGGCCUCGGCCCCAUCAACUACGUCAAGCGCGAGCUGGCGGCCGCCUCGCCGUCCGAGGCCGCGAGCACGCCGUCGUGGGACGAGGCCGCCCUGGCCAGGCCCUUCUCGUCCGUGGCGGCCAAGCCCUCACCCCUGCCACUGCCGAUGCCCCUGCUGCUCAACAACAACAACAACGAGGAGACCAACAACAAGAACAGCCUCCGCAGCAGCCCGGUCAAGCUGAGCUCCUUCAGCAUCGAGUCCCUGCUGUCGCGGGGCCGGCAGCCCGUCGAGGCCGUGGAGUCGUGAGGACGAGAUCUCGGCGGUCGAUUUCCUACCGAUCGUUUCCAUCUGUGAUAAGUGAACUUCGAAACCUGAAGCGUCGCGCCAACCCAAGAAGGUGCUGGGGACAGCAAGGCGGCAAGCUCUUGCGCUCGCCGGCAAAGUGAAUAAUUAACCUAUUUUUGUAAAAACUUGAGUGUUGUCUGAGAAUCUACGGAGGUCUGUCUUGGUGGUGAGGAAGGACCGACAAAAAUCGUGCAAACGUUUUAAAGGUCGCUAAGCAUAUCAGCAAAUCGAGCAUCAAACUGACUGACUCGUUGUCAUAUCAAUUAUCGAUCAAAAAGACGCGCUCGCUCUCCGUAGAACAUAUCAUCAAUGUCGGGAAUGUAUGACACAAACUCAAAUCCUUUUGGAAUGAGAGUGUUUUUUUUUUAUUUGACUAAAAGUACAAACUCAUAAAAACGUUUCGUAGAUCUCUAAUAAAGAAAAAUGUUAUUUAGGUGAACCACAGCACUGUUUUAAGUUCCUUUUAAUGUAUGUAAAUACAUAUAAAAUGAUUAUUCUAGUCAUAAUAAGAAAAUGAGAAAUAUGUUUAACAAAUCAGACAUGCCUCGAAGUGUACGGGGACAAAUUUUAUCUUAUCUAUCAAACAUGUUGUGAUAGGCGCCUGCUGCAGGCUUUUUACGCCGUGGCGCCGAGUAUUGUAUAUUGACGGGCAGUUAGUGUUAUUGUUUGAUAAUAAACAUAAACAUUUCCAAGCUAUUGAAA